AUGAGCCCAACUCCCGUUCUCGACCAAUUUCUCGGCAGUCUGCAGGAAAUCGUCCAGAAUCGCGAUGGCUCCAAACUCCAGGACUUUCUCCAGCUCGAACCACCGUUGUCGGAGAUCUAUCAGCGGAUGACCGCCGAGCUUCGACAGCUCUAUGCCAACAAUCACAAGGCAGAUGCCGAUAUUCGCCAGCGAUGCGAGCGUCUUGUCCCUCGAACCAAGAAUGCCUCUUCAUGGGCUGCUUUCCCGGUCUUUGUGAAGAUGUACCUGAGCUUCCUACGCGAGAUGAAUACGGACAACCUCCUGGAAACAUACAACCAACUGAAGGCGCUGUUAAAUCAGUGCGUGCUCGCCCUUGGUGACAGUCAAUUCGGCGUCGUCGUUCUCCCCACCGUGUUAUACCUAGCAAAAGUUCUGGCGAAAUUGGCUCUGGGUCUGGACCGCCGGCCGGACUUGAUCGCCCACAUUCGACGGACGGAAGGUGAGACAAACAAAGGCGAGAGCGUGGAAAAGGUCACAUUGGUAGAAAAGUCUGCCAACGUUGUGCGCGAAGCUUUCAUCAAAUGUCUUACCGAUCGAACUGGCACCCCUGGGCCGGCUGGCAAGCCGGAGGGGAAGCGCGUCGGCAUCUAUCUCAUGGCCAACCUUUGUCUGAAGCUGCUUUUCCAGUGCGGGAAACUGCGAAAUGCAGAACAGAUGUUUUCCAGUAUCAGCGCGCAAUCACCUCCGCUAGCCUACUUCCCUGCCUCGCAGCGUGUCACCUACCUGUAUUAUCUCGGACGCUACCUCCUCGCCAACAACCUCUUUUACCCCGCCCAGAUAGCCCUCCAAUCUUCCUACGAUCAAUGCCACCGCCAGGCUACCAGCCAACGCCACUUGAUCCUCUCAUACCUCAUUCCAUGCAACAUUAUACUCGGCCGGUUCCCCUCCCAGGCACUCCUCAAAAGACCCGAGGCGCAGGGACUGGCGCAACAUUUCCAACCGUUAUGUCAACUGAUUGUUCGCGGAGAUUACCUCGCUUUCCGACAACAUCUGUCCGUUGGCUCACCAACCGCCCAGUGGUUCGCACGCAAAGGAAUCCUCCUCGCACUCCGCAACCGAUGUGAAGUACUUGUGUGGCGGUCAUUCUCCCGCAAAGUCUUCAUGUACGGAGGCUCCUAUGGGGGUCCGCAGGCGCAGGCGCAACGCGGACCACCUCCUAUCCUCUACCUUAAAAAGAUCGCCGCAGCUGCGCGAUGGUUGCAAUCACAACAUAUACCACCCACCAACGGAGUCGCCCAUCACGCACCUCACUCCAACAUCCAUGGCUCUCAAAUCGUUGCCGAGCCCGUGGAUCCUGACUACACAGGACUAGAAGGAGGGCAAGGCAGCGAUGACCCUUCGAUUGAGCAAGACAUAUUGAACAGCUAUCGUGAUUAUCUUGCCCCAGGUGGCUUCUACAAUAAGCAAGGACAUCUUACGUCCAUUGCACCGGGUGCGCUAGCGCAGAGCAAUUCACACACGAACUAUGAGGAGUAUGAACUCGAUCCAUAUGAAUUCAUUCCCGAAGACAGCGCGGAACCAGACAAGUCUCCGCUGAUGCGAGAGAUCGAGUCAAUUCUAGCCUCCUUGCUCACUCAAGGGCUCAUGGGUGGAUACCUCCUCCACCGCGAGCCCCGAUUCGCGGUUCCGGGCGCCAAACUGAAAGGUAUCAUGCCGACGGGCUUCCCGAAUGUGUGGCAAACGAUAUCUGGCCAUGAAAGUACCGACAAGACUGUCCCUGGGUGGGUUCAGCCUCGAGUAUCGAAUGGACUCGGAGGGGGAGGACGCGUUGUCAAUCUUGCAGGAGCGCGUCCAGUGGGACUCCAAUAA